UCGUUGGAUUGUUUUGAGCGUAGGAUAGACAUGUAUGAAUGACUUUGGGGGGAUAUAUAUACGAGUAGCCUCAUAUGGGCCAGUCCUCCUUCUGCAGUUCUCUUUAUUCGUAUAUCUUUUGGAGGCGUUGGAUGGCAGCCACCCUUCAGGAGGCGACGACACCCACCCUUCAGGAGGCUACGACACCCACCCUUCAGGAGGCGACGACAGCCACCCUUCAGGAGGCGACGACAGCCACCCUUCAGGAGGCGACGACGGCCACCCUUCAGGAGGCUACGACAGCCACCCUUCAGGAGGCGACGACAACCAACCUUCAGGAGGCGACGACAACCAACCUUCAGGAGGCGACGACAACCAACCUUCAGGAGGCGACGACAGCCACCCUUCAGGAGGCGACGACACCCACCCUUCAGGAGGCUACGACACCCAACCUCCAGGAGGCGACGACACCCAACCUCCAGGAGGCGACGACACCCACCCUUCAGAGGGACCCUUCAGGACCUUUCAGGACCCUUCAGAGGGACCCUUCAGGACGACCCUUCAGAGGGACCCUUCAGAGGGACCCUUCAGAGGGAGCCCGGCCUGACCCCUGGCGGCCGGCCCCUGAACUGUAUGGGGGUUUGUUUUGGCGGGCUGGAGCAGCUGAUCCUGGGAGGCGAGUGGCGCCGGGCUCCCUCUCUCUCUCUCUCACGCAGCUGUGUGUAUAUUGUUAUAUUGUGUUGUGCAGCUGGUGUGUGAGUGCUUGUGGCUUGUCAGAAGGAUUAACAACAAACAUGUCUCUUGUAGCUGAUGUUGUAGCAUCAAUUAGGAGUAGAGGUGGUAGAGAUAAGUCAGCCAAGCUUGGAGUGGAAGGACAAUUGGAGGAGCUUGUGAAGCGAGCAGAAGAGGCACGCGUUGGUGUGUUCCAAGCAUUAGGAUCACGGUACUCCAAGCUGACAACUGCUCUGCACGAUACAACACAACUCCAUGAACGGGUUGGUUCUGCUCUUGAAGAGAUUUCAAACCUCCAUAACACUAUAGAAGAAGAGUUAGUGAAUGGCGUGAAAGGUAGCGUUGGCGAGUUUGGAGCAUUGGUUCGGCGGUGGCGAGAAGUUCAGGUGGGACUUGAAGCUGCUGGUACUAUCCUAAAUAUUCAUACACUUUUUGAUGAAGCUCACAAUGCACAACUCAAUUAUGGAUUCCUUACAACUGCCAAAAAUUUGGCUCAGGUGGAAUUAUUGUUGCGUGAGGCAUCAGAGAAGGAGGUGGAAGGGGAGCUAGAAAUAAUAGUGACUCUACAAGAAGAAUUACUCGUCCGAAGAACACAGCUGGCAUAUACUAUUGGAGAGAUUUGGUGUGAAACCAUUAAGUGGGACGACGAGCAUUUAAAUGAUGGGUCUCGGUCAGUGACACUCUUGAUUCACUCGACUGGUGACAAAUCAUCAGUGAAUGGCCUUGCAAAGUUGCAAAACAUGCUGGGAGCUUUCUACUUACUGGGUGAACUGCAACGAAGAAUUACAGGACUUGGCAAGAAUCUCAUGAAACAUUUCUUUGCACCGAUCAUCAAUUAUGGUGCUGAAGUGAAAGUAGCAGAGCGCAGUGAUGGGUAUACACUUCGAGUUACCCAACCAAGUGGCCCUGUCAAGAAACCUCCAGCAACUAUGGUGUUUUCGAACCUGCAGCAGGUGUUUCUAAUGCUACAUAGAACCUUACUCAUUACCAAGGUUGAGACAGAUGAGGAAAAUGGGGAGGAAGUGUCACUAAUGCAGCUGCUGGGUAAAGAGAUCGGUGAGGAGUUUACAGAAUUGCUGAUCAAGGAAUGCUUAGCAGAAGCAGUACCAUGUAAUAGAGCACAGUUGGAAGAAUUUGAAGUGGUAAAGCGGAUAACUGAAGACUUCCAAAAGUUUCUUUGUGAAAAAGGGUUUUAUGGAGCACAAGACAAGUCAAUAAUAGAAUAUGCUGCCAAUGUUGAUGUUGUCUUUAGCAACAAGGCGUGCGCGCACAUACUGGAGCGGGCACGAGAGCUCAUGAAGAGACCCAUACAUGAUACUGUAUGCAUUACUCCAAUAGAAACUAAUGACUCCCUUAUUAUACAGGAUGAGACUGGAAGAAAACUGGAGAAAAGCACGCUGAGACUGGAGAAGCUGCUUGCAGCAAAGACCUUCAAUCUACCCAAGUGUCAAAUUAGUGCAUCCAUUUGUGAGCUGAUAGAACUAAUAUAUGAAACAAUGGAAGAAGCUUGCAACAGUUCACCCCAGUAUGCCGGAAGACUGUUCUAUACUGUGCGCAACAUCCUGACACUCUACUGCCAUGUUGUGCCCACAGCCCACGCGCACACACUUGCAACACUCCCACUACAAGCUGCGGUUGUCCACAACAACAGCAUGUAUCUGGCUCAUCACUCGCUCCUCCUGGGCCACCAGUACAAGAACCGACUGCCAGUGGCACUCCGAGACAACACAAUUAUCACGGUUGACCUGUCACAACAGCUUCGAAAGAUGGCUACCACCACAUUCUUGAAGGCUAUGCAGGGACACAGAGUAGCUCUUAUUGAUUCACUCAGAGAUUCUGCUGGAUUUGAGAAUAUUGGGUGCAACACUAGUGGAGUGAACAAGGCACAGCAGGGAAUGCGACAGGUCCUUCACCAGCUGCAGUUGCUUCACAGGGUCUGGCAGAAUGUUCUUCCCCAUGAUGUGUAUACUAAAGCCAUCGGCACAUUGGUGGGGUCUGUGGUGGAGGAAGUGGUGGUGCGAGUAGUGGGUUUGGAGGACAUAUCGGCUGAUGCUGCUCUUGCUCUCAUUACUCUGCUCAAUCUGUUGAAAGAUAAUAUACCACCUCUCUUCCAGGUGGAGGGUGAUGCAAGAACCAGUCCAGGAGAUGUAAUUCGACGAGUGCGGUUGUGGGGGAAAUUCUGCGAGCUAAUAGUCAUUUUAGGAGCUAGUCUGCGGGAUAUUUUAGAUCGUUGGGCUGAUGGUAAAGGUCCAUUGGCACAAGAGUUCACUCCAGACGAAGCCAAGCAGCUGAUCAGGGCUCUGUUUCAAAACACAGAUCGCAGAGCUCAGGUUCUCGCUCGUAUAAAAUGAUUAUCACAUAUUCUCUAAAUAUGGAUUCCACAUUUUGUAAGUUCUUUCUUUAAUAAUAAAUAUUUUCACAUUU